UUCAAGUCGCAGUCAAUCGUUCGGGUCACGCCAUACAACACGGAUAGAGACGACAGCGCCGCAGCGCGAGGGUGACGACGACGACGACCACCACCACCGAGGCCAUGGCGCAGCUGCCGUCCGGGAGCGUCGAGGCGGAGCUCGUACCGACGCUCUCCUCGCUGGAGCCGGUCUACGGCGAGGGCUCCCAGCUCGACGAGGCGCGGCUCCGCUUCGCCCGCCUCGGGGACCGCUUCGAGGCCGUCCACGGCGCCCGCCCGGCGCUCUUCGCCCGCUCCCCAGGGAGGGUGAAUCUGAUCGGGGAGCACAUCGACUACGAGGGCUACUCGGUGCUGCCCAUGGCCAUCCGCCAGGACAUGAUCGUCGCGAUCCGGAAGGCAGACGGCGGACAGGUGCGGGUCGCCAAUGUCGACGACAAGUACCCCGUCUGUGUCUACCCGGCCGACCCCGACAAGGAAAUUGACAUAAAAAACCACAAAUGGGGGCACUAUUUCAUGUGUGGAUACAAGGGCGUAUAUGAAUAUUGUAGAUCAAAAGGGAUAGAUCUGGGCAAACCUGUUGCGCUUGAUGUUGUUGUUGAUGGCACAGUGCCUCAAGGAUCUGGUCUAUCAAGCUCUGCAGCAUUUGUCUGUUCAGCAACAAUUGCUAUCAUGGGGGUCCUUGAGAAAAACUUCCCAAAGAAAGAAGUUGCUCAAUUCACGUGUCUGUCUGAGCGCCACAUUGGAACACAGUCUGGAGGCAUGGAUCAGGCUAUAUCAAUCAUGGCCAAACCUGGAUUUGCUGAGUUGAUAGACUUUAACCCGAUCCAUGCAACUGAUGUCCAACUACCUCGAGGUGGUACAUUUGUUAUUGCCCAUUGUUUGGCAGAGUCCAAGAAAGCAGAGACAGCCGCAACAAACUACAACAACCGUGUUGUGGAGUGUCGCUUAGCAGCAAUUGUUCUUGCCAUCAAACUAGGGAUGGAUACCAAAAAAGCUGUCUCUUCUGUUACAACGCUCUCAGAUGUUGAGGGGCUAUGUGUUUCUUUUGCUGGGAACGAAGGUUCAUCUGAUCCUGGAGUAGCUGUGAAGAAACUUCUGCACGAGGAGCCAUAUACAGUGGAAGAAAUAGAGAAAAUUACAGGUGAAAGCCUGACAUCUGUCUUCAAGAGCUCUCAAACUUCCUUGGAUGUCAUAAAAGCUGCAAAGCACUACAAGCUAUUUCAGCGUGCUAGUCAUGUCUACUCGGAAGCAAGGCGGGUUUAUGCCUUCAGGGAUACUGUCUCGUCAAAGCUCAGUGAAGAAGAUAAGCUUAAGAAACUCGGUGAUCUUAUGAACGAAAGCCAUUAUAGCUGCAGCGUGCUAUAUGAAUGCAGCUGCCCUGAGCUGGAGGAGCUUGUGAAAGUAUGUAGAGAUCAUGGAGCCCUGGGAGCACGUCUGACGGGAGCUGGCUGGGGUGGCUGUGCAGUCGCUCUAGUCAAAGAACCCAUCGUCCCGCAGUUCAUCCUCAAUCUAAAGGAAAUGUUCUACAAAUCAAGGAUCGACCGGGGAGUGAUCAAGCAGACGGAUCUGGGGCUGUACGUGUUCGCGUCGAAGCCGUCGAGCGGCGCGGCCAUAUUCAAGUUGUUGUAGGCGGCGGGCGGGCGGCCAUAUUCUUUCGUUCGCCCGUUGUACAUGAACCAAGCAGCAGCCAGCUAGCGAUUGGCCAGGGAUGAGACGCAGAAUAUAGCGUCUAGCUCCAGUUGCGUGCGACCCGGUGGACACCUCAAACUGUUGUAUCGAAUUACCAUCUCAUUAGAGAUUAGAGACUCAGACCGUACAUGUACUACCAAGUCGCCGCAGGCAUGUCAUGGACUGGAACAGCAUUCUCGUCGCAUGGCUAGCUCUCUGUGGCUCCUUGAGAUCCCAGAUACCACGGGCACUUGAAGCCA